UGAUGCCCCUCACCCUCCUGCUGCUGCUCUGGGGGCCCCUGGCCCUGAUGGAGACCCGGGCGGGCCCCCACUCCCUGAGGCUUUUCUACACAGCGAUGUCCCGGCCCGGCCCCGGGGAGCCCCGCUUCAUCGCCGUGGGCUACGUGGAUGACACGCAGUUCAGGCGGUUUGACAGCGACUCUCGGGGCCAGAGUGUGGAGCCGCGGGCGCCCUGGGCGGGGCAGGUGGGGCAGCAGGACCUGGACGAGGAGACUCAGAACCAAAGGGACAACGCACAGUGGUUCCAAGCGCUCCUGAGGGACCUGCGCGGCCGCUACAACCAGAGCGAGGACGGGUCUCACACCCUCCAGAGCAUGUGUGGUUGUGAAGUGGGGCCAGACUUGAACCUCCGCGGCGGUUAUGAAAAGUUCGCCUACGACGGCGCGGAUUUCAUCUCCCUGAGCGAGGACCUGCGCUCCUGGACCCCCGCGGACUCGGGGGCUCAGAUCACCCAGCGUGCAAGGGAGGCGCAGGGGAGGGCCGAGCGUGUCAGGCACAGUUUGCAGAGCAGGUGCCUCCCGUGGCUCCGCAGACUGCUGGUUUUGGGGAAGGAGGUGCUGCAGCGCACAGAUCCCCCAAAGACACAGGUGACCCACCAUCCUACCUCUGACCGUGAGGUCACCCUGAGGUGCUGGGCCCUGGGCUUCUACCCUGCGGACAUCACCCUGACCUGGCAGCGAGAUGGGGAGAACCUGACCCAGGGCACGGAGCUGGUGGAGACCAGGCCUGGGGGGGACGGAACCUUCCAGAAGUGGAUCACAGUGGAGGUGCCUUCUGGAAAGGAGCAGAGAUACACAUGCCAUGUGCAGCAUAAGGGGCUGCUGGAGCCCCAAGUCCUGAGAUGGGUGCCCACUCCUCAGCCCUCCAACCCCACCGCGGGCAUCACUGAUGGCUUGGUUCUCCUUGGAGCUGUGCUUACUGGAGCUGCGGUGGCUGCAGCUGCGUGGUGGAGGAAGAAGAACUCAGGGGACAGCCAUCAGCUACAGUCAGGGUGCAGGUGCACGAGAGGAACUCAAUGACUGUCAAGGU